AAAAGGUAAUUACAACUUCCCCAGAACAAACUCCUGUCACACUGUAGCAAGUAAUGCAAGGAGUACAUCCAAAGAAAUUGGUGGAGGUGAGAUUAAGGAAAGACUAUAAAUUAUUACAGUGACCAUGUAAUAUAUUCUCCCCUGUCAAUUGAGAUAAUGCUGUUGCAGAGAUAUGAAAGUUGGAAAGCUGUUGUAGUAAGAUAAAUGUAGCUAAGACAUAUGUGUAGGAGAGAACUUUAGAAGAACUAAUACAACCACAGCAGUGUUGUGAGGAGAGUUGUUUACAUUUUCCCAUGAAGGGCAAGAGUGAAAGAAUGGCUGGGAAUGUCAGAGGAGAAAUUGUUUCAAAUUAAUGCCACUGUCACCCUAGUUGUGGGCUCCCUUGAACCAGUAAUUGAUUUGAAUUAUCUCAUCAGGAAACACCUUUGGUAAGAAGUGGCACCCAAGCUGGAGUAGGUACUGCUUACUCUUGAUGUUACUGAGAACGCUUAAUACUGUAGUUCUGUGUGCUUGCCAAACUUCAGGAGUGAACAUCAGAAAUUCUCAGUCAUUUUAGAAACCCUAGAUUAAAGGAUGUGAGUUUGUGGAUUUUGUGUUACAAAACUGACAAACAAUAAGAGAUGUCUGAUUAAGAAGAGACUUUCUUACAGGUCGUGACUGAAGGGUUACCCUGAAUAUUCUAGGGAGAGGAGUGUGACAAUGAACUGGUAGAGUAUGACAGUAUCAGGAAAUGUUUGACCCUCACAGUAAGGCACAAGCAAUUUUUUAGCUAAAGCAACAUUAUAAGAACGCUGUAAAUGCUCUUUUACUUUGUAAUGAAGCUAAACACUAGGUCACACGUAUCAAAGACAAAUAUUGGAAGCUAGAAAACUGAGUAGAAAGGACAAUAAGUACAGUUAUGCUUAAUGAUCCAAACUGAAUCUUAAUUACCACCUCAUGCAUAACUGUUACAUAUAACCAAUGUUUGCAGGCUAGGAACAGUCACCAAAGGAUUUAUAGACAUUAGAUCCUCUAUAAAAGACUUCAGUGCCAAAAAGUUCCAGAUCCCUGAGCCAGAUAUAUUUUUCUACAGUACAUGAGACUGAAACCAGUGUCUCUUUGUGUCAGUGACUAUCUGCCUCAUGUCAUUCAGAAGAGAUCUGCUGAGGCUGUGUGUCUGUAUUCAGCUGAGCUCUGUGGUUCUUGAGCUCUUCUGACAGUAGGUAUCUUUGCCCUUUGAAGUACUGAGUUUGCUUAACCUUAGAAAUGAGGCCCAGAGAGAAGAGGUGUCUUGUGAAUCACAGUGUAUGUGACAAUUCCCUUUCCUCCUUCCAAGAGGAGCUGUUGGCUAUUGGUGUGGAUGCACUACUCUCUUUUCCUCUUGAUGCUUUCAGCUAUAGAAAAUAGUCAAAAUUACUCUGGGCUAAAGAGACCAGCAGAAAAGUAGCCUGAGUUUAUUGCUUAGUGGGUAGGGCAGUUGCCUAGAAAUAGAUUUAAAUCAUCUCAGGCAGAGGAAGCAGCCUAAGUUAGCAUGUAUUCAGUAGGCAGUACUCACUUCUAAGUUUUGAAGGCAGCUGUAUCUGCAUGUCACCAGGAAUCUGAUACUCUGUGGACCUAUUACUGUAACAAGUCUUGCAAGGGAUUUAGAUUUCCAGCUCCUGUUGUCUGGAAACCAGUCAAUUGCUGUGUGAACUGAGUACCUGAAUAAUCAUUCCAUUAAACUGAAAACCAGAACUGCUGAAACACACAACUCUGGAGCGCUGGUACCUUGGGAACUUUAAAGCCAAAGUGGUCACUGUUGUCAAAACAUAUUCUGUGUCAGGCAGCACCAGGGUGGAAGUUUUCAGGAUCUCUUUUUUUCACCUUCAAGUGGAAUUCAGACCCACAAGAUUUCAUCUGCACUCUGAUGGUAUUGAUGAAAGGUGCAAAAUAAGAUCCUUUAAGCCCUGCAAUGUGUUGGCUUCAUGAUUGUUCUUAGUUCACAGGAAACUCAAGGGUGAACAACAAUGUGGAGGAGAACAAUGUGGUUCAGAACUGCGUGGACACACACGGCAGUACUGAUAGUUGGGUAGAGUCAAAGGCUUUAGCCUACUUCCUGGUCAGUUUUGCAAAGUAGGUUGGAUAAAUGGGGAUUGUAGUAUUUUUUUAAUGAUAUUUGUGUAUAAUUAUAACUAGAAAAAAAGUCAAUGCAAUUUGCUUAACUUGAAAGGCCAAAUCCCAAAGUGCGCACGUAACAGACCCUUUUCAAUCUCCAGUGGUUCACAAUACAAAUGCCCAUUUAAGUUUUAGUCAUGCUGCUGUGUUAAUUCAAUGACAAUCAUUUUUGGGGGUCCAAAGCUGACCAGGAAAUCUGCAUUAACACUCUAGGCUAUUUCUUCUUUUUCUGCUUCUUGCAUCUCUUCAUUUUCAGGUGUUCCAGAGGCUGCUGUUUCAUCAGCAUGAGGGUAUUCGUUUGUUGCAUUGCUUGGUGGGACUGCAGCGGCGGGAAUGCUUUCUUCAUUAGGGAUGCCUGAAGUCGGUGGAGGCACACUGCCGUGCUGAAGGGAGCACAUGCCAGAGGGGAAGGCAUGCAGUGUGGAGAAACGUGCCAGCCAGGAGCCUGGAAGUGCAAGUCCAGGUGCUAAGGCAACUUCUACCCAAGCCAUGGUGCUGUGAAGUUCUUCUCCGGUUGCCUCCCGCUCAGCACACGGGGCGGGCUGCACAGGGGCUGCCUGUGGCAGUCGGGGCUGGAGCCGUUCCUGUCGUGCCAUCGCUUCAGCUGUCUGAGGAACAGGAAAGCAUUGCAGGGAAGAUGUUGGACUUGAGCUUCCUGACCGAGGAAGAGUAUGAGAAGCUGAUGAAGGUUCUGCAGAGAGAUGCAGAGCUGAAGAAGAAGGAUGGGGAUCGCAUCAGGCGGAUACAAGGCUCCAUCAAGGAUGAAAAGAAGAAGAAGUUUGUGACAGGUGAAUGGUUUUCAGAAGUGAAGGCAAAACGGUUUCAGGAAGACUUAGAGGGGCCAGAUCUGCUUUGGGCAUCAAUUAGAAGGAAAAAGGGCAAACUAGAAAAUGAGGCCAACGAGCACAUCCAAAGGGGUCUGGAAAGCAAAGCUGCCCCGAGUCCUGCCUUCCCUGAGCCCGCUGCUGCUGCUGCGGCAGAGGAGAGAUCCAGCACAACUGCUCUUGAUACCCCAGAGGAGCACAAAAUCUUACCAAAACCGAAGCCGAGGCUUCCUGUCAUGUGGUCUGCAUCACACCAGAGAUCCAGUAUACACGAUGUCUCUUCCUCAGAGAGUGACACUGGAACAAGUCCAUUUGUGGCUGCAACAAACAGCUUGCAUUUGUCUAGAAAAGGCCAUGGAGUAUCUCCAUUGUCCACCAAGCUUUCGGAGGAUGCUGUGCCUCAGCCCAGCAGUGCAGCUGAAGGAGAAGCCACUGGCACCACCACGGGGCCAAAAACUCCACCUGAAGACACUUCUGCUCCCAGCAAGAUACCAGUUAAGAGGAAACCAAGCAGGCUUUUCCCUAGAUUGGAACAGUCUGGGAAUCACGUGGGGCCAGCAGAGAACAGCCUCACAAACAGAAGUCUGCUGGCAAGCCCCAAACCACUGGCCUCAGAGGGGGAGAGCAGCCAGGCCAUGAAGCAAGGCACAAACUAUACAAUCUCACCAAUGAGCAACAAAGAGGAGGAUAUCGGCCUUGACCGCGAACACUUCAAGAACUUGAAGAACUUCUGGGAGAAGGGAGCAGACUCUGGGGCUGUGGCAAAGGAGCCAGAGGACUCCAGCCGGGGGGAGGCAGAUGGGAGGCACUUCAGGGUGUGCCGCUCGCUCUCGGUGCAGUCUGGGCAAGGCCAGAGCAGUGAAGGAAAACCUGGUGUCUUCACUAAAACAAGAGCCCCCUACAAGAGGACGAUAACCUUGUCUUCUAGUGAGGAGGAGCCAAGCUAUGUGGCACCUGCAAGGAAGGGCUCGCUUUCCAUCGUUCCUAGAGCCACGUAUGCUAAGAGCAAAGGCGGCCUGGUUACCAGGAGCAACUCUCUGAGUGAAAGCAAUGGGAGGGUGCCAGGGCCGGAGGAAGAGAAAACAACGCAGCACUGCUCCAAGAAAUCCAGAUUGCCCGUGCGAGCACCUUCUGCCAAAAUGGAGUCGCCUACCAGAGGAGUGUCUGGCAGCACAGUGGAGCCAGAGACGCCUACGGAGGAGUUUGUGGUGGCAGAAGAGCCCGCGCAGGCAGUGAAUUCCCCGUCGAGCAGGGUGCAGAUACUGAUCGAGCCUGUGCUUACAGAUGGUGAAAACGGUGAUGAGAAAGAGGAAAGGUCUGAUCUGGGCACUCGUGACAACAUGGAAAUAAAUGGAGAGCUACCAGAGGAAAAGAUUUGUGAGUCUUCAGACAAACCAGCACCCGGAGAACCAGCCAAAGGGAGGGAAGCCCUUCAUGGAAUGGACUCGGCUGCUCACUCAGAGGAAGAUGGGGAUCGUUCUGCUGCUGCUCAGGCACUGGCCCGAGCAAAUAGCAUUAAUCUUGCAAAGAGCAUGGUGAACAUUUACACAACCACAGAGACAUACAAUAAACCUCACUUGAUACCCCAGCAGUUUCUUGAGCCCGAAAGAGUCAAAGAGCUGAGCAGAUCCUCUCCUCUCCUGUUGUCUGAGACCGAAUCAGACACAGCUUCAGAGAUCAGCUUCCAGUGUAACAAGCACAAAAAGAGCCCGAGCGUUGGCAGCCACUCAUCCGACAUGGCAUCUGUCUCCUCGGUGAGUGGCAGUGUGCUCAGCGUCUACAGUGGGGAUUUUGGGAGUGUGGAUGCGCAAGGUACUGUGGAGUUUGCUCUAGACUAUGAUGAGAAGAACCGAGAGUUCCAGGUUCAUGUGUCCCAGUGCAAAGACUUGGCUGUUGUGGAUGAGAAGAAGGGCAGAUCUGACCCAUAUGUUAAAACUUACCUGCUCCCAGAUAAAGCUAGAAUGGGUAAGAGGAAAACUUCAGUGAAGAAGAGGACAGUGAAUCCUAUUUACAACGAGGUGUUACGGUAUAAAAUAGAGAAAAUGGUAUUGCUCAUCCAAAAACUGAAUCUCUCUGUUUGGCACAAUGAUCCACUGGGACGUAACAGUUUCUUAGGAGAGAUUGAAGUUGACUUGGCCAGCUGGGACUGGAGCAACAGGAAACUCAACUGGUACCCGCUGAAGCCCCGGAGCCUUUCUGCUGUUAAUGGUGUGGACCAUCGAGGAGUGAUGAAUUUGUCUAUUAAGUAUGUCCCUCCAGGAAGCUUAGGCCCCAAGAAUCCUCCAUCUGGUGAAGUUCACAUUUGGGUCAAAGAUGUCAAGGACCUGCUGCAGUUGCGUCCUUCUGGCGUUGACUCCUUUGUGAAAUGCUAUGUGCUUCCAGACACCAGCAAGAAGAGUUACCAAAAGACCCGAGUCAUAAAAAGAGACACAAAUCCUGUUUUCAAUCACACUAUUGUAUAUGAUGGCUUUCAUACGGAGGAUCUAAAGGAUGCUUGUGUUGAGCUGACUGUGUGGGAUCAUGAGAAGCUUACCAACCAUUUCCUGGGAGGAAUCAGGCUGGGCCUUGGAACAGGUUUGAGCUAUGGCAUCUCUGUGGACUGGAUGGACUCCACACAAGAGGAGGUGGCCUUUUGGCAGGAGAUGAUGUCAGCUGCCAAUGAAUGGAUUGAGGGCUGGCUGCCCCUGCGCUCACUGGCAGGGAGGAAAAAACUGAAAUAACCCAGCAGUGGUGCCACAGAAAGGCUGAGUGUGGCCAUUAGAACUGGGAAACCUCCUGCAAGAGGUGACAGGGGCUGGCAAGUGUCAUGUUAAUGAGGCAGUUGAUGGACAGCACUUUGGAGAUGUUAAGUGCUAAUCCCCUGACAGGGGACAUGGAAGAUGCCAAACUGAUGCUGUACUUUAUUUUGACCAAGAAGAGACUUCAUUUGCCUUUUCAUUUAAUCAUCUAUAUUCAAUGUCUUUGAAUUGUGUGAAGCCCUGGGAACACUGGCAGAAGGAAAAGGAGAUCCAGAGAGUUUUAUUUUUGUACUGUUUCCUGUGCAGAGCUGUAGUUCUACUAAAGCAGCAGCAUGGCAUUAUUGAUAUUCCCCUGCAAGUGGUACACUUUGUACUUGAUGUAGAAUCGCUCCAAGUCACCAGCAGCACAGCCUGAGAAUGAGAGCGUUGCAUUUGUCACUGGUGAUAACACGUCUCUAACGUGAGGAAAACGGAGACCCAAGGUGAAUCUAAAGGAGGAGAGGACUAUUUGAAGAAGAAAAUGAAGCAAUGUGAGGAGGAUAACAGCCAGGGAUUCAAUGUAUUAGUUUCUUUCUGCUUUAAUAUGAAAGAGAGAAGUGAUGGUCCUGCAGCCUGUGGGAUUCUGCAACCAGGGGCUGGGGUGGUCUCCUGCAUCUUUCAGCCAAUGCCUGUCACCAAGCUGUCGGUGCCUGGACUCUCCUUUUUGCCAGGAGCUUGCAAGAACUUUGCAUCUGGCACCCUGACAGAGAGGCAUCGUGAAUGCAAUUUGAGACGCAGCUUUGUGAUUUCUCUUUUGGAUGCACAUGUUGUGAUUAAAUAGAAUGUUUUUCUUUAGGCAUCAGCUGGUCUCCUUGUACCUAUGUUCAGCAUGGUCCAAGUAACGAAAAAGCAAGUGGAAGAGGUGUAAAAUUUCGUCAUGUCAAAAUGACCUGGUUUUGCCCAAGGGCAAGUCAAAUGUCAUGGAGGAAUAUUUUUAGUAGCUAUUCUACCCUAGAUUUGGACUCUGUGAAUAUUCUGAUAUUCUUCUGUCAUGUAUUGAUCUUAUUUAACUCAAGCUUGGCGUCAACUUUCAUCUGGCAAAGAUGGUUGUAAAUAAAUGAAUGGAAAAAGGUGUGCCUAAAAGAACAAGAGUUUUCCAUGAAAUCAGGACAUUUGGGAGAUGAUCAACAGCUUUCAUGGGGGAAAAAAAUAGAGAAUUUUGCACUUGUAAAAAGAGAAUACCUGAAAAUAUACCAGCCAUAGCAGGGAAAGCACUAAGAGAGAGUCUGUACAGCAAGAGAAUUAAAUAACAACCAUCUAAUGAAGAACCUGAUGUAUAUAGUGUGUCAGCCCAAAGCUAUUUUGUAUGCACUCCAGCCUGUCAUGCUUUGUUCAGGAAGGUUUGGUCAUUUAUUACCUUUGUGGGAUAAAAUAACAAUAUUAGGCCUAAGAUGAGAGGCUUUUUUAAUUAUUACCUUUACCUGUUUAUGUGCUGACCAUGUGAAUAUUUACACAUACCUAUAACGAGCCUCCUGCUCACCAGAGUGGUGGCUUGUUGCAGUGAAGUUCCCCUGAGGACUGCUGCUCUCACCCUGAGCACUUCUCUUGUGCUUGGGUAGGGCUGGGUCUCUCCUUGGAGGGUUCAG